AUGAUUUUCAGUGAACCGGGUCCAAAGCAUUCUUUGCUUUCUUGGACCAGAAAUGAACUCAAGCUUUUGCGUGAAAGUGCAGCAUCCCUAAGUCAACCAGAAAUCACUGUAAAAUCCAGGAGCAAACAACCAUCGCAUGCAAUAUCCUGUUUUGAUCUGUCACUGGAGUCGCACGGUAUCGGAGUGGAGGAGCAUAGCAACAAUACAUCGCCAGUUUCGCCAACGCGAUCUUCAACACCCCAAACAGCCAUUGUGUUUUACUCUACCGGUCAAUUCAAAUUUCCAAAACCAAUUGAAGUGGCGUACAGAUGCAUUCUGUACAACCUGCAACAACUCAGCUAUCCAAUCGUUGGGCCGCCAACUGACAACGAUAAAUGCCUGCUUGCGGCAAAUAUCCAUCAUGCCUUUGGUCUUGUAACAGCAUUUUUGACGUUGAAAAGUGGCGCACAGUUGAUUGUUACGUCAAAACAAAAUUCGUACCAGAUUAUACAAAUUAUCAAACAGUGGAAAGUGACAGUGCUCUACGCCAUUCCGACACUCAUCCAUCAUUUCGUGAACGACGCACAGCUUGAGAAGUAUGAUUUGGAAACACUGAAAAGCGUUGUUAUAAGUGGAGCACCGGUCGGAGAAGCCAUCAUGCAGCAGUGCAAAAAACGCCUAAAAUUACAGGAUCUAAGACAAGCAUAUUCGGUAACAGAAGCUGGAGGAAUAUGCUGCAUUGCGCCGUAUGGCCAGAAGGGAAUGAAAAGUGUUGGUAUUCCAUUGCCCGGACUACAUUUCAAGGUGGUGAAUUGGGAAACGAGGGAAAUUUGCAUGCCGGGUCAGCUGGGACAAGUUCUCAUCGAGGGGCCGCAAAUAGAAGUGCCGGAACCCGGAAGCUCCAAACAAGUCCAGAAAGUGUUCGAGUCAGGAUACUUCAAGACAGGUGAUGUUGGAUAUUACGAUGAAGCCGGCUACAUCUAUGUACUCAACAAAAUGAAAGAUGUUGUCAAAUGCAAAGGUGUACUGUUGUGUCCAUCAGAAGUGGAAAGCAUAUUGCGGAGUCAUCCAGGAAUUGAGGACUGUGCUGUGGUGGGCAGACAGGAACAACUGACUGGAACAGAGACUCCAGCGGCAUUCGUCGUGAAAAGUGCUAAAUAUCAACAGCUUGCAUCUAGCGAAAUUCGGCAAUAUGUUGCUGGUACCUCUUAUGACCUCUCAAUUUUCCUAUGCUUUCAAUUUUGCGUAAUUUCCUUCAUUUCCGUAUGA